UAGCCAGCAGCGUGACGAAGGCUGGCUUAAAAAUACAAGGAAGUGGACGUUCACUGUCAAGGCUAAAAUAACAUUCAUAAAGGAGACAUUUAAUUGCUUAACGGUGUCUUAUCACUAAAUAAGUACCGGGAGGGUGUAGUCAUCUCGGACUUACCCGAAAGCCCGUGAGUAUCUGUUAGAAUAGCCGUGGAGCUCGAGUCCAGCAAUGAAUACGGACGUAGAAUUUCACAUCAGGCAGAAUUACCCGUGGAACAAACUGCCAGCUAAUGUCAAACAGAGUCUGGGAAACUCGCAGCGUGAAUAUGACAAGCAGGUUCUUCUGUACAGUAUCCGAAACCAGCUUCGCUUCCGCAAUAACCUAGUCAGGCAUGUGAAGAAGGACGAACGCAAGUAUUAUGAAGAGCUGUUGAAAUACAGCCGGGACCAUCUGAUGCUCUACCCCUACCACCUGUCUGACAUCAUGGUCAAAGGUCUGCGGGUCACCCCCUUCUCCUACUACAUCAGCAUCAUGGAGGACAUCAUGAACAGUGAGAAGAGUUAUGAUUCCCUGCCCAACUUCACUGCUGCUGACUGUCUAAGGCUGCUUGGGAUUGGCAGGAACCAGUACAUUGACCUAAUGAACCAGUGCAGAUCUUCCAAAAAAUUCUUCCGGAGGAAAUCGGCUCGGGAUCUCCUGCCAGCAAAACCUGUGGAGAUCACAGUAGAGCCCUGGUGGGUGGUACAGACCGGAUAUAUCACCGAGGAUGACAUCAGGAUAUGCUCUGUGGCGGAGAAGAAGGCCAUUGAUAAGAUGAUAGAUUCUGGACCUCAGCUGACUGGAUCGAUGGAGUACAACGUGGUUCUGAGUUUGUACAACCGGGGCUAUAUAUAUCUUGAUGUGCCCAUAUCAGAUGACAGCUGUAUAUCAGUGCCGCCGCUUGAGGGGUUUGUCAUGAACAGAGUCCAGGGUGAUUAUUUCGAAACGCUACUCUACAAAAUCUUCGUGUCCAUCGAUGAACAGACUAAUGUGUCGGAGCUGGCUAAUGUACUGGAGAUUGACUUGGGCCUGGUGAAGAAUGCAGUGUCCAUGUAUUGUCGCCUGGGGUUCGCUAUCAAAAAGGGUCAGGUGAUCAGCCCGGACCAGCUGCACCCCUCAUGGAAGAGUGCCCCUUCGGUCAAUAGACUCAAAGGCACUAUGGACCCUCAGAAGAUGCUGCUGUCUUGGGAGGGUGGCAGUCCAGUGAUGGAGGCAGGUUCCUCAGCCACUGAUACAGACACCACCAGCCUAGAGGACCAGGACACCGCAAGUGUGAGCAGUCUAAGUAUUCCAGCCGCCCCGACUAAGAGGAUCGCCUUCCUGUUUGACUCCACCCUCACCGCCUUCCUCAUGAUGGGCAAUCUGUCCCCUAACUUGAAGAGCCACGCCGUGACGAUGUUUGAGGUUGGAAAGUUGUCUGAUGAGACCCUGGACAGUUUUCUCAUGGAACUGGAGAAGGUUGAGAGCACUGCUGAAGGAGAGGCUCAGAGAUAUUUUGACCAUGCGCUGACCCUCAGGAACACAAUACUCUUUCUGCGCUACAACAAAGAUCUCACGCCUGAUCAGAGCCCUGAUGUACCAAAUAUAGGCCUGCCUCUGGACCUCCUCCGCUGUGAAAGCCUGCUGGGAUUGGACCCUGCCACCUGCAGCCGUGUGUUGAACAAGAACUACAAACUGCUAGUUUCCAUGGCGCCACUCAGCAACGAGAUCCGGCCAAUCAGCAGCUGCACGCCUCAGCACAUUGGUCCAGCCAUUCCUGAGGUCAGCUCCAUCUGGUUCAAACUAUACCUGUACUCUGUCACUGGUCAAGGCCCUCCUUCACUACUGCUGUCCAAGGGCUCCAGGCUCCGGAAGCUGCCAGAGACCUUCCAGGCCUAUGACCGACUGCUUAUUACAUCAUGGGGUCAUGACCCCGGGGUUGUCCCGACAUCCAACGUGCUAACAAUGUUGAAUGAUGCCCUCACCCACUCUGCGGUGCUCAUUCAGGGUCAUGGAAUGCAUGGGCACGGUGAGACUGUCUAUGUCCCCUUCCCCUUUGAUGAUGAAGACCUUAAAGCAGAGUUCUCAUAUUCCAAUAUGUGUGCGCACAAAGCCCUUAAGAUCCUGCGGGACAAAGUGGAUCUGGAGCACCAGUGUGUAUUUUGUCUUCAAGAGUUACUACAUUCCAGUCGAAAACUGUCAUUAAAAGUUCUCAGUUUUGUUAAUUCAUUCCAGGAUGGAAAACAGCCGGCGGACCCUGACAGCGGGGUCUCGGGUCCCCUGAGUCAGCCCCCAGCAGAGUCUGGCGUCCCCCUACCCGCAAUCAACCUGCUUUUCAAGGACGGCAAGCUGAAGGAAUGGAGCGGCCGAGCGCCGCCCUCCCUGCAUAUCUCUGCCCCACAGAGAAAUCAGCCCACAUAAAAUACCGCCCUCAAAAUAACCCUGUUCAGAUCCACACCAUACUCUACUCACUUCUGAUCGCUUAUGGCAUGAGUUACCAUGUUACCUGUGGCACUCAAUCACACACAGCCAUCAAGUGCUGCUGCCGCCUCCCGUCACGUUUGGAUGCGAGCGUCCAGAGUAACUCUAAAAGUCCUGACGGGUUCAAUCACACGUCCCAUUCACCCAACUACAAAAUAGAAAAUCUAUUUACAAAUGAUCCUAUAUUGACCUUUUAAUGUGUAUAUAGACUUAUAAACAUAGGACCAAUCCUGGGGUUGGAUGAAGUUGCCCUACUCGUAUUAUCAUGUUUUGUGACCUGAUGCAUGAUAUCACUGCACAAAAUCUCAAAAACUGCUUGAAUCAGCAGGGUUUGAAAACACGAAGUUGAGGUUUACGUUUUGCACCAAGCCUGUGGAUGGCAUUCAGGUUUAUUCGAUUUUUUAUUUAUUUUUUGUAAAUCAAGACCUUUGUUGGAACUUGAUUACAGUUUAUUCGGUUAAGUCGUAUUCCAGCUGGAAAACUUGUCUGUCUCAAUUCUGCUUAGCAGAGGAGUGUUUCUGCUUCACUGAGACCAAAGACCAACUUGUUUUAUGUAGAUUUUUACCAUUAUUUAACUUUUUUGGCUGCCUUAUUUGCUUUGUGCCCAUUAGACUACUGUAUCACCGAAUGCGUUUAUUCCACUAGGCCAGUUUGAACAUUUUUUUCACUUGGACUAACUACUUUAGUCAACAAACCUUCAAGUAGUGACGGCAAGGUCAUCGAGUAUCCAUCAGUACCUAGAUGUGUUGAAUAUCAGUAUAAGUUUAUUGUGCAAAUAUGCAGUAAUACAGCAUUAAAAUCCCCCUCAGUGGCCUGACUUUUACCUUUACGCCUUUACUGAGGGUGCUGCCAGUGUUUUCCCAAUCAAACCUUAUGGUAGUGGUGUAUGAAGACCGAUUAGAGAUCUUGGUGCUGCAUGAUGAGUGUGUAGAGUUGUUGUGUGUAUUGUGUGCCGUUCUCUCCUCAUCUCUUUAUUUCCCCUUUCCAUUCCUUUCGAUACGACCCAAAACAACACCGGCUCCGUGCCUGACCCAGUCACAGUGUUAGUGAAAUAAAAUAACCGAUAGUUUUAUAAAGUCACCCUGCAUUUUAGGAACUCUCUGUUGUAGUGUACUUGAUGGGACUGUGAACAUGCUCUUGUAAUUAAAUGGGUACAGAAGUUACAUUUUCCCCUCACGCAAUUCCAUUCACCAAAAUAUAAGUCAUAACAAAUGAAUAUGUAAAAAGUAUAUGACAGUACUAAUAAAUAUGUUACAAAAAA